CUUAAUUCUUACAUAUAUCUUACGAGUUUCCAGAGGGGAAAAUAUCAUCUUAUGUAAAACAAAAUGAUGGGAAAAAGAAUAGCUUCAUUCAAGAACUUAGCCAAGAAAGUGAAGAGCAUCAAAACUAGAGAACGCGGCUCCGAGUAUGUUCUGCUCGGUGAGGGGGACGACACUUCUCUGACGAAGACAUCAACGGGAACGUUUCCGGUGUAUGUAGGAGAAGAGCGCGUGAGGCGGGUGGUCCCGAUGAGCUACUUGAAUCACCCUCUGUUUAGGAUGCUCCUCGACAAGUCACGUGACGAGUUUCACUGUUCCGACCAGAAAGUUAUGUUGGUCGUCCCUUGUAGCCUCUCGGCUUUUCAAGACGUCGUUAAUGCCAUCGAGUCUUGUAGUGGCAACUUCGAUUUCGGCGAUUUUGUUGAGGAGCUUCUUUGA